UUGAAUCUUAUCUGGCAACACUGAAUGGCGAUUAGGUUUUUGCGUGUACAAUGCUUCUCUGUGAUGAACAUUAUAAAAGUUUAAUUUUUUCCUGAAAUAUAUAAUAAAUAACCUUUAAUAUUUAUUAUUCAAACCAAAUGUAGAUUUAUCUUUGAGUAAGGAUCGCUAUGCUCAAGUAAAACACGUGGAAUUAUUUUAAAAUUUGUUUGCAAGUUGGAAUCUAUAAUAUGAGAAUCAAAGAUUAGCAAUAUUUCUGAAGAGAUGAGCAAAAGUAGUUUGGAAGCAGCUGCAGAAGCUGCAGCAAGAGUCAAUGCCAUGUUGAUAGCAAAAGGAAAAUUAAAAUUACCACCUACACAGCUAAAACCCAAGAUUGGUACUACUAUCAAUAUUGCAGGAAGAGGUUCGGGAGAUUUAGUUACUGCAGAAGUUGAAAUAAAUGAUGCACCAUUAAGUGCUAGAAAUUUAUUAACAAGAGGUCAUACUCAAGAUGAAAUUUGUAAAUAUAGUGGAGCAGCAAUUUCAACUAGAGGACGUUACAUGAAUUUUGAUGACAAACAGAAAAGUACUUCCAGUGACAGACCCCUUUAUUUACACAUACAAGCUUCUACACAAGACGCUGUAGACAUGGCAGUUUCUAGGAUACAUGAAAUAAUAGGACAUCAUUUAGAAAGUGGAGGAAUUGCUAAAAACAUUGCUCCUUUACUUAGUGUUACUUAUCCUCCUGUGGCUAAUGAUACUAUACAAACUCCACUAGUCAAUGUUUCAAAUUCAUUUUCUUCUGGGCCUCUCUUCGUGCAAGAUAAAGUGUUUAUCGGAUUAGAGAAUGCCCCAUCCAAUUAUCCGGUACGAGAGAAAGUUUUGGGACCAGGGGGAAUUUAUCUUCAACAUAUUAGGACUGAAAGUGGAGCCAAUGUAACAUUGCGUGGAAAAGGGUCAGGAUAUAUCGAACCGACGUCAGGAAGGGAGGCGUUCGAACCUCUUCACAUUCAUUUAACGCAUCCUAAAACAGAAGGAUUACAAGCUGCUAAAACACUUGCUUUAAAUCUAGUUGAAACAGUAAGUACAUUCAAACUUAUUCUGAUAUAUUAUCAUCAAAUUAUCAAAGUUUUGUAUUGA